CACACUCUAAUUCAGCGAUCAUGGCCUGGACAACCUGGUCCUGUUUGGUUAUCUGCGUUACCGUUACGUUAAGUUCCCGCCUGGACGACCGCCGCCACGGUGACGAUCCGUUCAACGACAGCUUCCUGGAGCAGGUGCUGGCCCGGGCCAAAACCUGGACCCCGGACACCGCGUUCCGGGGUGGAAUCCGCUUUGGGGAGUUCCGCUCGAUCAAGGGCAUCUACGAGAGUCCGCUGGACUUUACCCUUCCGUCAAAACGGCUCCACGCGAGCAGUCUGGACGAGGUAGUGAUUCCGGACCGGUUUGAUGCGCGAGAAAAGUGGCCGUUCUGUCAGUCGAUCCACUCGGUCCGGAACCAGGGCACGUGUGGAUCGUGCUGGGCAGUGGCCACCGUCAGUGUUAUGUCCGAUCGGUUGUGCAUCCACUCGGAUGGCGAGGUCAACCUGGAACUGGCCACGGAGGAUUUGAUGGGUUGCUGCAAGGACUGUGGCAAUGGGUGUAAUGGUGGCUUCCUGGACGGAACGGCCUUCCAGUACUGGGUCGACGCGGGGUUGGUUAGCGGAGCACCGUACAACUCGUCCGAGGGUUGCAAGCCGUACCCGUUUGAACCUUGCUCGUACCCGUUCGUGGGUUGUCAUCACGAGAAGAAGAACCCGAAGUGUCUCCACCAUUGCAUCAAUGGGUACGAUCGCAAGUACCGCAAGGACAAGUUCUUCGGUGCAACUGCUUACAAGAUCCCAAACGACGCCCGGAUGAUCCAGCUGGAGAUCAUGACCAACGGACCGGUCGCCACCGGUUUCGAAGUAUUCGAAGAUUUCUAUUUCUACCACAGUGGAGUUUACAAGCACGUGGUCGGCAAAAAGGUCGGAAUGCACGCCAUCCGAAUCGUAGGAUGGGGAACGGAGAACGGCACCCCGUACUGGCUGAUCGCCAACUCGUACGGUGACACGUGGGGCGAUAAGGGCUUCUUCAAGAUGCUGCGCGGGUCGAACCAUCUGGGCAUCGAAUCGACCGUGAUCGCCGGGUUGCCACAGCUUUAAAGUACAAUAAAUAGUUGUUUUCUAAAA